CGCUUCAGCGGGGGCGGGACUUCCGGUUACUCGUAUAAACCAACUGCGGCCUCUCCUCCAUGCGGUUUUGAUCUUUAGUAAACGCGCAACUAACACAUACAAGACAGAGACAAUGGCAGAGAAUGAUGUUGAUAACGAGCUGCUCGACUACGAAGAAGAUGAGGAGCCUCAAGGAGCGCCCGAGAGCGCGGUCCCCGCAGGCAAGAAGGAGGUCAAGGGUUCCUACGUUUCCAUCCACAGCUCUGGCUUCAGAGACUUUCUGCUCAAACCAGAGCUGCUCCGCGCAAUCAUCGAUUGUGGUUUUGAGCAUCCGUCUGAAGUCCAGCAUGAAUGCAUCCCACAGGCUAUCUUGGGCAUGGACAUCCUGUGCCAAGCCAAGUCUGGUAUGGGAAAGACGGCAGUGUUUGUGCUGGCCACACUGCAGCAGAUUGAACCCGUUGAUGGACAGGUGUCUGUGUUGGUCAUGUGCCACACGAGAGAGCUGGCCUUCCAAAUCAGUAAAGAGUACGAGCGUUUCUCCAAGUACAUGUCCUCGGUGAAGGCAGCCGUGUUCUUUGGGGGCAUGGUCAUCAGGAAGGACGAGGAAGUCCUGAAGAAGAACUGUCCCCAUAUCGUGGUCGGAACCCCCGGCCGCAUCCUCGCUCUCAUCCGCAACAAGACGCUCAAUCUGAAGAACGUCAAGCACUUCGUCCUGGAUGAGUGCGACAAAAUGUUGGAGCAGCUAGACAUGAGGCGUGAUGUACAGGAGAUUUUCAAGAUCACACCCCAUGAGAAGCAGGUCAUGAUGUUCAGCGCCACGCUGAGCAAAGAGAUCCGACCAGUCUGCCGCAAAUUCAUGCAGGAUCCCAUGGAAGUAUUUGUGGACGACGAGACCAAACUGACACUCCACGGCCUGCAGCAGUACUACUGCAAGCUGAAGGACAGCGAGAAGAACCGCAAGCUCUUUGACCUGCUCGACGUGUUGGAGUUCAACCAGGUGGUGAUCUUUGUCAAGUCAGUGCAGCGCUGCAUUGCUCUGGCCCAGCUUCUGGUGGAACAAAAUUUCCCUGCCAUUGCCAUCCACAGGGGAAUGGCUCAGGAGGAGAGGCUGUCUCGCUAUCAGCAAUUUAAGGACUUCCAAAGGCGGAUCCUGGUGGCCACUAACCUCUUUGGCCGAGGGAUGGACAUUGAGCGGGUCAAUAUCGUCUUCAACUACGACAUGCCAGAAGAUUCUGACACCUAUUUGCACAGGGUUGCCCGUGCUGGCAGGUUUGGAACCAAAGGCCUGGCUAUAACCUUUGUGUCAGACGAGACCGACGCCAAGACUCUGAACGAUGUUCAGGACCGUUUUGAAGUCAACGUGGCCGAGCUGCCAGACGAGAUCGACAUCUCCUCUUACAUCGAGCAGUCCAGAUGAGUCCUCCAGCAAAGAAGAAGUCUCCUCUUCAUGGAUCUUGUGUCUUGUAUUUGGAAGUAGACGUAUUUCACUGCUGAUUUCAAAGCUCUGCUCGUUCCCUACGUUCACCCAACAUUUAUUUUUUAAUUGUCUGGUUUUUUUUGGGGGGGACAGGGGGGUAUGGUUGUUUUUAAUUUGUCUUUUACUGUUUUUUUCUUUGCUCAAUGAAAUUAAAACUUUUUAUAAAAUGCCAUUUUUACUGUCGUGGUCUCUUGUGAGGCUGUUCUAGUCUCUGCCCCAAUUUUAUCCAUUUAAAUCUCAAGCAGAGCUUCAGGGAAACGUUUAGGAAAGUAGUUCUGAGGAACAUGUAAGAGUGAAUUUUAGCCCCUUUUUUAUGUUCAAACUAUUUUGUCUAGAACAUUUGUGUGUGUUUUUUUUUUUUUUUUUUUUUUUGUUUCCCCCACUGCAACAUUGGUCUUUUUAAGAAGUCAUGUAAGUGACAUUUGAGUAGAUUUUGGCUCACAUGGCAGCUCUUUUCUUUGACUUUCCAAUUGAAUGCCUCAAAUAAAAGAAGUCACCAAGUGGAGUCCUGGUGGUGAAUUGUAAUUAGAAGUGUCAUCGGUACGGAGCCCUUUAAGGGACAUGGGGGAUUUUAGUUUUUCUCAUACGCACAAGAUAGUUCACCUAUCUCGUGCUCUCAAAAAAAAUCGUAAGUACCAAUUUGAAUUAUAAUCCUCUUCCUAAAUAAUCAAUGAAGGAGUACCAGAUAUUGUCAAACUUAAAGAUAAGGCAACUGUUAACAGAUUUAAUGUUGGGAAUCUGAAAUCUUAACUUUAGCCUCAUAAUGUUAGCACUUAGCAGUACCUCAUUAGCAUCAUUUUGCUAGCCUUUGAUUGGUUUCUUGUGCGCACCACAAAAAAAGCUCCCCAUGUCCCUGGGGUCUACAUAACUUAGCACACCGUGAAAUGGAAGUAACUGAUGCUUGUAUCUGUAUUUUGAGUAAAAUAUUUUACCCAACUACAUCACAAAAUA